AUGAAUACUGGCGUUGUCCUGUUGGAUCAAAAUGAUCAAAAGCUCUACCAAACGACUGCCAAUGAUGCAUGCAUCAAUCGUCUGAAAGAAUUGAACGUGGAAAGUGGAGCUAAGAUCUACACUACGCCAACCGAACCGGGAACAUUGGGUAAACAAGUGGAUGUUGGAACAAACAUCUUCGGAGUGGAAGUUACCAAGGAAACAACAGUUCACAGAUUCGUGGUUCAUGCCAAGGCCGAUUUGACUUCCACGAAGGAAGUGACCUUCACUAAAAAAGGAAAAGAGGACUUCGUAGUGUUGGAUCGUCGUGAGAAAUGCUGCAACCUGUUUUUCAAUGCAGUGGAGAAGAACCCAGAUUUCUUCAAAAUGAAAGACGGGAAUCAUAUCGUAUAUGACGGCCAAUCCACUCUCUACACUACGAUCAAUUUGUUCUCGGAACUGGAUUGCAACCAGACAAAGUCUAAAGUCUUUCAAAUCAAUGGAGCGGACACGGGAAACGACGAACUCAAGACGUUGCCGUGCAUCUCUCUUGAGAUUCAUGCACCACGAGACAAUUCCAUCACCAUCUCUGCUAAAAUCCUGGGCGAGCGUACUGCUGAUCAAAACAUUGAAGUGAACAAUCGUGAAUACACUCAAUUCCUGGAACUUGCUUUGAAUCAACAUUGCACGAGGGAAACAAAGCGUUUCGGAUGUUUCGAGCAUGGAAAAGUAUAUUUCCUCAACGCCACCGAGGAAGGAUUUGAUCAGCGAGAUUGUGUCGACGUUGGCGACGGAAAAGCGCUGUAUCCUGGCCUCAAGAAGACGAUCCAAUUCAUUGAAGGUCCGUUCGGUCGUGGACAGAACAAUCCAUCUCUUGUGAUUGAUGGCAUGAAAGCUGCUUUCCAUAAAGAGCAAACUGUGAUCCAGAAGCUCUUUGAGAUUACGGGACAAGAUCCAUCAAACGGGCUCAGUAGUAUGGCUCGUGAGAAGGCUACUCCAGUGAUUAAAGGACUCGAUUGCUAUUCAAUGUACACGAGCAGAAAGCGUCAUCUGAGAAUCGUAGGAAUCUUCCACGAAAGUGCCACAGGGACGAGAUUCGAGUUGCCCGAUGGGAAGACGUGUUCAAUCGCCGAGUACUUCAGGGACAAAUACAGCAUAAAUCUUCAAUACCCGAAAGCCAAUUUGGUGGUUUGCAAAGAUCGAGGAAACAACAAUUACUUCCCGGCUGAAUUGAUGACCAUCUCGAAAAAUCAGCGUGCAACUAUUCCUCAGCAAACUCAGUCUCAGAAGACGACGAAGGAAUGUGCGGUUCUCCCUGAUGUUCGCCAGAGAAUCAUCAUCAAGGGCAAAACUGCUGUCAACAUCACAGCGGAGAAUGAGCUCCUCAACGCUCUUGGAAUCAAAGUUUAUUCAGAGCCUUUGAAGGUUAGUUUGAAAGAACUGGGAUACCAGAGAUCAACGGUCAAGUCUGAGUUGGGAAAAUGGCGUCCACCACCAGGGUCAUUUGUGAAACCCGCUGCUUUUCAAGAUUUAUGGGCUUUGUAUGCUGUUGGAAAUCAAAAUUCCAGAUUCUCCGUUAGUGACCUGAGCCAAUUCACCGGAAUGUUCAUUGAUGCUUGCAAGAAGAGAGGAAUGAUAAUCAAGCCUCCAAGUGAAACAUCCCUUUGUCACAUGGAUAACAUAAUUUCCCUACUGGAAAAUGCGGCUGCGAGCAAAUGCAAAUUUGCCUUCGUGAUCACCGAUGACUCUAUCACUCAUCUCCACAAGAAAUACAAGGCCCUCGAACAAAAGUCGAUGAUGGUUAUACAGGAUAUGAAAAUUUCCAAAGCCAACUCUGUUGUCAAGGAUGGAAAGAGAUUGACUCUGGAAAACGUCAUCAACAAAACUAACAUGAAGUUGGGUGGUCUCAACUACACGGUCUCGGAUGCAAAGAAGAGCAUGACCGACGAACAAUUGAUCAUCGGAGUUGGCGUUUCCGCACCACCGGCUGGAACGAAGUACAUGAUGGAUAACAAAGGACAUCUUAAUCCACAAAUUAUUGGCUUCGCUUCAAAUGCUGUUGCAAACCACGAGUUUGUUGGAGAUUUCGUUUUGGCCCCUUCAGGACAGGAUACAAUGGCAUCAAUUGAAGACGUUUUGAAAAGUUCCAUCGAUCUGUUUGAGAUGAAUCGCAAUACUUUGCCAAAGCGGAUCAUCAUUUAUAGAAGUGGUGCAUCGGAUGGCUCUCAUGCGUCUAUUCUUGCCUACGAAAUUCCACUGGCACGUGCUACCAUUCAGGGAUACUCCAAAGAUAUCAAUCUGAUUUACAUCAUCGUCACCAAGGAGCACAGUUACAGAUUUUUCCGUGAUCAGCUUCGUUCCGGCGGAAAAGCGACAGAGAUGAACAUCCCACCGGGUAUCGUCUUGGAUAGCGCUGUCACCAAUCCUGCAUGCAAGCAAUUCUUCCUCAAUGGACACACAACUCUGCAAGGAACUGCCAAGACUCCUCUCUACACUAUUCUGGCAGAUGACUGUAACGCUCCGAUGGAUCGCCUUGAGGAGCUCACAUACACUCUUUGCCAUCACCAUCAAAUCGUGGCACUGAGCACUUCAAUUCCGACUCCUCUUUAUGUUGCCAACGAGUAUGCAAAACGUGGAAGAGAUCUCUGGGCUCAUGGACCUAAUGAAGCGAAUGAAUACCAUGAAGAGCAUCUCAAGGAACUUUCAAAACAACUCGGAUACAAGAACACUGUCUUCAACAAGACUCGCAUCAAUGCUUAG